AUGCUGAGCGCGCAGGGAGCCAUUACCAACGAGCUCGUCAUGAUGGAGUGCACGAGCUCCCAGGACCAACGUGCGAAGGAAAUUUUUCUCCUCAGCGAAUUGGAGCGUGUGUGGGGUGCGCUUUCGAUGGUUGUGCGACAACACCUUCUCGAGGGACACAAUGUGCGUGUCGCCAAUUUUGGCUCGUUUUGGCUUGAAACAAGGCCGGUUGUCUCGGACGGGGUCGAUCGCUACUACGCGCGCCGCAUUCACUUUGGCGUGGACAGCAACUUUGCCCUUCGCUACAACUUAGACCCCAACAAGGUGCCACUAGAGCCCUCCAGGCUGGUGUACGUGAAGGCCAGCAUGGCAGAGGUUGUCGCCAUCGCGGCGGUCCCCGCACGUACCGCAGUCAUGGCGCUUCGUGAGUUUUUUUCAUACGUCGGCGAAGGGCUCUUCAGGCAGAAGCUGUUUAAGCUAACCUUUGAAGGCGUCGCCACUCUUCUGAUCAAGCGGGAGAAGUCCACGCUGGAGGUUGACCCGUUGCUGCGGCGUGACAUUUUCACUAUUGACUCCCGCAAGUGGCCGCUUUCCGUGCGUGAGGCGGCAGCGUCGGUGGUGAUGGGCACGGGCCGCCCCGCGACGGCGUCCUCGAUCUCCUCCCGCCCCUCCACCGCGCAGCUGAGUCGGCAGAGUGCCGCAUCCAGGCCAAUAGAACCGCGCCCCGCAUUUGUCACCUCCGCCCCGCGCGACCGACUCUUCUCGGAUAUUGAAAAGGAGCCGCCGCGUAAGUUGCCACCGCGUGGUGCCCUUCCCGCUGACGAGCUACCACGCGGCAGCGAGAAUGUGGGCGAGGCAUAUGUCAAGGAGUCUGUUUUUGACGCCCUUGGCCCGGAGGAGUCUCCAGCGGACGAACCAGAUAUUGAAGUGAUUGAGGAGGUGGCAAGGGAACUCCCAACACUGCACGCCUACGACGAAGAAGCGCCAAGGGCCGUUGCGGUAACUGGACGGCAUUCAUUUCACGACCACAGUUCCGUUCGUGACUUGCUUUGCGGCAAGGCAGUCGCCCAGGUGGAACCGAUAACACGGGGAAGAAGGCGCUACAUCAACCGGGACUCGGACGCCGUUGCCGCGCUUUUGAAAAGCACAUAG